AUGUUCGAUUCCAUCAAAGGCCGCUUGCUGUACCGCUUGAUGCGCAUGAGUUGCGGAGUGUCUUUUAUGCUCUAUGGCUAUGAUGCGGGAGUUCUUGGAGGGGUACAGACAACCAAACCGUUCCUCGAUGCAAUGGGUCAUCCGACUGGAGCUUAUGUGAUUCCCAUGAUCGCGUCGUCUUACACCCUAGCAGCCUGCGUGUGUUCACUCUUCGUCUCCAUCGUUGGAAUGCCAUUAGGGCGUCGAAAUAUCAUCCUCCUUGGAAAUCUCUGCGUUAUCAUCGGAGCAAGUCUACAAGCAAGUGCAUGGAGUGUUCCACAGAUAAUAGUCGGCCGUAUUGUCUGUGGGUUUGGCAUUGGGUUCAUUUCAUGCACUGUGCCAAUGUACCUUAGCGAAAUGAGUAUUACACCUGGCGAGCGUGGUCCUGAAGUGGCAUUCACCUGCGCACUGCUCAUCACUGGAAUACCAAUUGCUUACUGGAUGGACUUCGGAUUUACAAGAUUGAAUACUCAGAUCUCCUGGAGAUUUCCAAUUGGCUUCCAGGGGUUCUUCGCGUUGAUAUCCGGUUCAGUAAUGCUGUUCCUUCCGGAUACCCCGCGAUGGUACUAUGCAAAAGGAAGGGAGUCUGACGGUGAUGGAGUACUCAUAAAACUUCAUGACAAAGCCUUAGACCAUCCCGAUGUCCAGUAUAUGAAACAAGAGAUCAUGGCUUCAUUGAAAUUGGAAUCCGAGGAAGAGAACAAGUUCAACAUUUUGAGCCUUUUUUGGGAUAACACCGACCUGAAGGCUGGGCGACGUAUCAGGAUCGCUUUCCUCGUCUUAUCGAUCCAACAAAUGAUGGGCAUCAAUCUCUCGGUCUACUACUCAACCGUCAUUUUCAAGAAUGUUGGUCUGUCGGACUUCUUGUCCCAGCUCCUGGCCGCUAUAAUGAAUACCAUGUUCGCCAUAGGAACGUACCCAUUACCUCCAACUAUCGAGAAAUUUGGACGACGACGGAUCAUGUUCUGGUCUGCAUUCGUAUGCUCACUCUUCAUGACCGUUUUCGUAGCCUUGAUUGGAAUACCAAAUCCAUCGCUCAGCACGCAAUGGGCCGCUGCAAUCGUGAUCUGUGUGUGGAAUAUGGUGUUUGGUUAUGGCUGGAUUGGUGUUCCUUGGUUAUAUGGCCCUGAAAUUGCACCUCUUAAGCAUCGUCAUAUCGGCGGUGCUGCAGGGGCCUUCGGUGAGUGGUUGUUCAGCUUCAUUACCGUCUUCGCCGGGGGCAUCGCCCUUGAAAAAGUUGGUUGGAAGAUCUGGAUCUGGAUGCUGCUCAGCAACUGGAUUGCGAUGCCAUUUGUAUGGUUUAUGUGUCCUGAAACCACCGGCAAGACGCUCGAAGAGAUUGAUAUUCUAUUCGCGAAAGAAUCCGUUCGUGACGGCAUUCUUGCUGGACAACUCAUGCGGGAUAGAUCGGAAGUGGAGAAAGCUGAUAAUGUUAAGAUUGAGGAAGUCUAG